AUGGUCUGGCUACUAAUCCAGUCGCCUGGUUCUCUCGGUGACCAGUGCGGUGCGACUUCAACUACGGUCUCCACCCAAAGGUCAACAUCUUUGCAUUCAGUACGUCUAGUUGUUCCACGACAAUUUUAUGUGAAUUUGCGCGUCCCCAAGCUCGUGGAGUCCGGGACCCUAUUUUGCAAGGUUGGGGCUCCAGUAUCUGCCUCUUCUGCCAUCUCGCUUGGAUCGACUAAGUUGGCGUCUCGUAUGGGUCAUGGCUUCCUGUUACCACGCAGCCAUGCUCUGUAUCAUUUAUACGAGUACAAGGUUCCCGAGUUGGUUUUUCAAGCUCACGCGAUCGAGAUGCAGGCGGCGGAUUUGGCCCUUCCUGAGGUUGAAGGUGUCUAUGAGAUGCGCUUUCCUUCACUCUUCCGUGCCAUUGUACGCCUUGGCUGCGUUUGUAGCCUGCAACCGCAAGCGAACAUUAAUCGUAAUCGUACUGAUCAUUCUACAACUGCCAAUAAUGCUGCUGGGGCAAAUGCAAACACCUUUCAACUUGACAAGUUGCGUUUUCACUCUUUGGCCAGUUUGCCACUGGGUCAACAGUCCUACCUUCCGUUUGGGACUUUGCGCCGCCUAUUUCUGUUUCACUACCAGUCAACUAUCCUGCCGACGACAACGACUGGGGGCAUUGCCAAUUUGGCUCCUAGGCAGAAGGAAGCACUAAGACAGGUUAGAUAG